AUGAAGGACAGUGUCUUGGACUCCAUACGAUCCACGGUGUUCAAGCAGUCCAAUUCGCUUGACGGAAUUUGCACGACAAUCGAGGGCUACGAUUUCAACAAGGGAGUGGACUAUCACGAGAAUACACUGUGGACUCCAUCUAAAGUGAUUUCUCGAUUGGGUGAAGAAAUCAACAACGAGAGUUCAUACUUGUACUGGGCAUACAAGGCUUUGGUUACCAAUGUAUACUCUGAAGGAAUUAGAUAUGCUUUUAGUAGUCUCACAACUAUUAGCAAGUUUUUCAACUUUGAAGAAGAGAAAUUAGUUUGUUUUAUUAUUGGUAGCUUCAAUAAUGCCACGCCGUAA